AUGGCAAGUCCGUUUGAAUUCAGCUCAAAAGUCACCGGCGUUAUCCAUAGUGUAUUCGAGUCCUUCUUGGAGAGAAACACUGCUCAUAUCCUAGAUGAGAGUCACCACGCUCCCCUGUCAAAGGAUCAGGAUGAUAUCGUGACCUCUAUAAAUAGCCCCUCCACGGUUUGUUUUGUCUCCCUCUCCCCCGUUCUCUCUCUUAACCAUUCACUCUCACUCUCUCUCGCCCUCUUCCCUCUUCUCUGUCUUCGUCCAGCAAACACCGCCUCCAAUCCCAGCUCAUCUUCCGCUGGCUACAAGACUCCUCCCGUCUUUCACACUCAAAGUCCCUCUCCCUCACUCCCAUCCUCCUACCAUUCUAAUAUUAACGACGCGCAUAUCUCAUCUGGUCAAAAGCCCAUCACAAAGAUGUAUCCUAUCGCCGAUGUCGAUGACACGGCAGGGUUUAUGGCCGCUGCCAGGGCUUUGAAGCUCGACCCAAAUGCUUACAGGAAGGCAUCCUCUGUGGUUGCUGCUUCUGAGGACGCAUCCAGCGAGCAUGGCAGCCUCUCAAAGACUCAUGAUGACUUCGCCAAAACCCCUACCGCUGCUGAUGAUUUUGUGUUCACCUCCACUCCUAAAGAGCCCAAUACUCCUGAGUUUCAGGUCAAUGUCGAUGCCAAUUUUACUGGCCCGGGCAAUGACAGCACACUCGCCAGCUUUGUUACAGAGCCCAUGCCUCUCGAGGUCGUUGAACAGUCCAGCGCGUCCGAGUUCGUCUCGGCUGACACCUUUGCUACCACUUCCCAUGUUUCUGUCGAGGGAAAAGAGGACCGUGAGCACCAGACCACAUUUGAGACCUGGGGUACUCCAGAGUUCCGUGACAAACCCGCUGCUCGCGUCAGACGUGUUCUCAUCAGGGGGUUGCCCUCUGCCUGGAAGACUCCUGCAAGGGUCCUAUCCUUGAUUCACAGCGGUACUAUUGAGAGUAUUUCUGUGACUUCAUCUGGCACUGCCCAGAUUCUGUUCUGUGACCCCGAAGCAUGCAAAGCUUUCUACGAUAAGUACCCCAACGGCAUCGAUCUUGAUAAAGAAAGAAAAGUCACUGUCUUCGUGGAGAUGGGGAGAGAAGUCGACGUUGUCAGUUCUCAGCUAUCUUUCAGUCUGUCCACUGGUGCCACUCGUGCUGUCCGUGCUGUUGGUGUUGACCUCGAUAUUACCAUGCGCCAGCUUUCUGACUUGGCCGCCGGCAAUCAUCGUAAGGUUGAAAAGAUCCUGGACAGCUACGUUCCUGGGGAGGCACGCAACGUUAUCUUCCGUUUCUGUAGCAUCGAUGAUGCAGUUCGGUUCCGUGCCGUGCUUGUCCGCAACGAAUCCUGGGAACAGUGCAACAUCCAGUAUGCUGCUGAUCCAUGCGAACUUGCUACCGGCUAUCACACCAACUGA